AUGUGGAAACCUUCAGGCCACAUGGAUGUGCUCGAUCUGGAUCAUGAUUGUUUCAUGGUCAAAUUCACCAACAGGGCUGACUACCUGACUUCCCUAUCAGACGGCCCGUGGAUGAUCCUCGAACAUUACCUGGUGGUUCAGCCAUGGUCCCAGGAUUUCCGACUCAAAGAGAAGCUCCCACCAAGCAUCACGGCAUGGGUAAGAUUUCCGGCUCUACCCAUCCAGUACUACCACAAUCAGAUUUUGACGGUGAUAGGCAAUCUUUUCGGGAAAACAAUCCGCAUUGAUCUAAACACUCUCACCGUUCAAAGAGGGAAGUUUGCUAGAAUGGCUAUCGAAAUUGACGUAUCCAAACCCCUACGCACAAGAUUUUGGCUAGAUGGGCACUGGCAAGCAGUGGAAUAUGAAAAUUUACCUCAGUUGUGCUUCACCUGCGGCAGAAUCGGUCAUCAAGAAGAGCUUUGUCCCACCAGGAGACUUCAUGAACCAACCACCAACCCAAUCUCUUCGCCACAGACGAAUAGCACUCAGCAUCACCAUGAACCAAAAGCCACUUACGGCCCUUGGAUGCAAGUCCAGAGACGCAAUUGGAGAAAUCCGAAACAAGGUAACCCAGGUGCCACCGACCACACUCACCGGGAAAGAACUCAGAAAAACGCCGGCAAAACAACAUCUCUGAAUCUGCACCGACAAGGUAAUAUCAAUAUUGUCAGAAGAGGCCCAACUACCCAGGACAACAACAAUAAACAAAGCUCUCCUUCUGGCAAUGACAACGACAUCAACAUGGAGGAAGAGCAGAGCAUUAAAACAGGAAUGGGCGACCUCACCAAGGAAGAAACUGUAGCAAAAUAA